AUGGAAGGCUCUUCGUCCUCGCCGGCCAGGAACUCCGACUCCGAGACUGGCAGUUUCGAAUUCACAUUUCACAGAUACCUCGACGUUUCGGCAAGAAUCGAAGCUGAUAUCAACCCAGGAGAUCAUCCCAACCCAGAUAGCGCCUCCUUGACAGAAAGCGUAUUCAACUACCACAAUGAAAACGGCCGCACUUACCAUGCCUACCGUGCCGGCUCUUACUACUAUCCAAACGACGAAGCCGAAUUGGAGCGGCUAGAAAACUUGUAUGACCUUAUUCGCCUGGUCCUCGAUGGCCGCAACUACCUGGCACCAUGGUCGCAACAGAACCCUCCGAAAAAAGUGCUCGACCUGGCCACCGGAUCUGGCCGCUGGGCCGUCGAAAUGGGCGACGAAUUUCCCACUGCCGAGAUUGUCGGCAUCGAUCUCUCUCCCAUCCAACCGACCAUAGUCCCGCCAAACGUCAACUUCUUUGUCGAGGAUGCGACGGAAGACUGGCAAGAGACCGGAGUCGACUACGUCCACACUCGUGUCACGGUCGGCUGCUGGUCAGACGUCUAUACGGAGGUGAUCGCGCAGGCUUUCGCGAAGCUUGAGCCGGGCGGCUGGCUCGAGAUGCAGGAGGUCGACGGCACGGUGUACUGCGACGACGGCACGAUGGCGGAGAACUCGCCCAUCAGUGUCUGGUCCAAGGAGCUUUACGAGGCCAGCCUUCACGCCAACCGGCCUCUGGCCGUGGUAAAAAAGCUCAAGGGCUGGCUCGAGGACGCCGGCUUCGUGGACGUGCAGGAAAAGGCCUACAAGCUACCGACCAGCGGUUGGCCCCGAAACCGCCGGCUCAAGGAGAUCGGGGAGCUGUGGCAGGCGAACCUGCAGAUGGGCCUCGCGGCCAUUUCCUACGCGCUGAUGCACCGCGUAAUGGGCAGAACCAAGGAGCAGAUUGAGGUGUCUCUGGUCAACGUGCGAAAGGAAGUUGCCAAUCAGCGGUCCCACACCUACCACUGCUUCCAUGUAGUAUGGGGCCGCAAGCCGAAUGUGGACGAGAUGAGGACCGAGGCCACCAGUGCUGGGACAGCAGCCACACGAGUCUGA